ACACUGCUGCUGUGGCCUGGAUUUUCCCGCAUCUGUGCCUCUCUACGACUUGCUGCUGAUGCUCCUGGAGGUCAGCUGUGGCUUGGAGGCUGAGACCGUGGAUCCUGGGUUCGAAUCAGCUCUUGCGUCUUACUGCGUGGGCAGAGCGCCGCCCUGCUGGCAGAGCAUCCCCCGGGUCGCGCUUUCCCCGAGCGGCGAGCUGAUGGGGAUGGUUUCCCGGGAAGGCCCUGAGCCUGCGCAGUGCCUCUGCCCUUCCCUGGCUAGCCUGCAUGCCAAGGAUGUGCUUCGGAGAAAGCACAAGAGGAGGAGCCGACAGCACCAGCGAUUCAUGGCCUGGAAGGCGCUGCUGCAGGAGCAGGGGCUGCUGAGCAUGUCCCCAGAGCUGCGAUCCUCCCCGCUGCCCGCGCCGUCGGGGGCGCUGCGGGGCCCUGAAGCCACCAGCAGCGGGAUGCAGCGUCAGAGGAAUGAAUCCAGAGGUGCCUCAUGGAGCAGAAAGCCCACCCCCACGGACUCUGCGGGGCCCUGGCCCAGCAAGUGCGUGGCUAUCGACUGCGAGAUGGUGGGCACGGGACCCAGAGGGCGGGUGAGCGAGCUGGCCCGCUGCUCUGUGGUGAGUUACCAUGGCGACGUCCUCUAUGACAAGUACAUCCGGCCUGAGAUGCCCAUCGUGGACUACCGCACCCGCUGGAGUGGCAUCACUCGGCAGCACAUGCGCAAGGCCAUCCCCUUCCAGGUGGCCCAGAAAGAGAUCCUCAAGCUCCUGAAGGGCAAGGUGGUGGUGGGGCACGCGCUCCACAACGACUUCCAGGCCCUCAAGUACGUCCACCCUCGGAGCCAGACCCGGGACACCACUUACGUGCCCAGCCUCCUCCACCAGCCCGGCCUCCCCACGCGCGCCCGGGCCUCCCUGAAGGACCUGGCCCUGCAGCUGCUGCACAAGAAGAUCCAGGCCGGCCAGCACGGGCACUCGUCGGUGGAAGACGCCGUCACGGCCAUGGAGCUCUACCGGCUGGUGGAGGUGCGGUGGGAGGAACAGGAGGCCCGCAGCCUCCCGCCCCGGCCCGAGGACCGAGAGCCCGACAGCAGCACGGACAUGGAGCAGUACAUGGAGGACCAGUACUGGCCCGAGGACUUGGCCCAGGCCCCCCACGGAGGAACGGGGGAGGCCCAGGACUGAAGGGAGUGAGGCAGGAGAGGCUCCCAGGCGGCCUCCAGCUGGAGCGAGUCGGGUGCAGGGGGGCCAGGAGGGCCCCGGGUGUGUCAUCCGCACAGGGCGGGAUGCGGCUAGCCUGCUGUUAGCGUCCGGGCAGUUGGGACCAUCUGUCCUCUUGGCUCCCUCUCCCAGGGGUGUUGUGGGCACUUACCCCCCACUCCUGGGGUUUGCUAAUGGCACUUUAUAUACACUGUGGAAAUGUCAGGUGGGCAAGCUCUGAGGACCCAGCCGGAGGAGGGCAUGUGCCAGCAGACCAGCCCAGCUGUCACUGGCCUUCCCCACCCCCAUGCUGUGCUGUCUAAGGGGUGAUGUCUCCUCCCUGGGGUGUCAGCUCAGUGACUUGGGGUAAAGGUCUCUUCUCUUACUGCCCUCUCCCUUCCUCCACGGGCAUUGUCCGGUUCAGAACGAAUGUGCCCUGAACCUGUAGAGUUAAGGCCAGUCUAUGGGACAUUCCUUUCCUCUCUCUCUGAACUGGAACUCUGGCUGUCGCCAUCAUAGGAACUCAGUGCUCGGCUGCGACGGACUGGCAGAGCCCACAAGCUCAUGGGGAGCUGGCACCAGGAGUCACCAGGCACAGUUCUGAGAGGAGGGAGAGCGGCUAAGCUUUGGGGGGAGACCCUGGCGUAUUAAUUUUGACCCAGCUCGGGCACUAGGCUCUUAAGCACAAGCCUGAGAAACAAGACAGCAGUUUGACUUCUGGGACCCUGUAUGGAGCUACCGCCAAGGGACCUUCUUUAUUAAGAGCAAGGCCCCCAGUGUGUAGGGGGGCAGAGUGUGUGUCCAUGGGGCGAGGGCCAGGCAGGGGCAGCCGUGCAGUGUGUCCACACUCGGGCUCGUGUCCCCUCGGGCACUUGGAUCCACAGUCAUUGUGGUUCUUGGGUUUUCUCCAACUCUCUAGAUACGUUCUCUGUCAGGAUCUCAUCUGCCACCCCUCUUUCCUUGUUUCCCAAGGGGUAGUGUGGGAAUAUUGAGGUUAACCAAGCGCUCAGGUCCGCACAGACCUUUGCGCCCCAUCUUUGCUUGCCACUUAAUAGGUGUGAGACCUUGAGCAAGGAUGUGACCUCACUCUUGAGCCCGUUUCCUCCUCUGUAAAAUGGGGAUGAUGCCACAGCCUACCUCACAGGGCUGUCGUGGGGAUCAAGUGCUGACUGCUCAGCACAGUGCUCAAGGACACAGCAUGGAGGUGCCGGGGAGCCGGGUCCUCACUGCUCCCUGCGGCUUGGUGACCUGUGUACGCUCAGUGUCCCUCCUCUGCGUGCAGGAAAUGGCAGUGGUUUUUAUGUCACUCUGACCCAAGCAGCAGGGCGGGGAACCGAGAGACACUACUGAAACCACACUAUUUCCAAGGUGUCUGUCCCCAGCUCCUUCCCGCCUGCAGAGCAGGGAGCCGGCAGAGGCAUCGACCUCGGCUGGCCUGCUCCAGCGCUUUGUUCUGGACUCCUUCCAAGUCUGUAGCUGGCGCCAGACUCGCAGCCCAGCGGGGCCGUAGUUUUGAUUCUUUGGGCUCUGGGUCGAAGGAAGAUGGAGCUGUUACAAGUGGGGAAAUGUACUGGGUUUAAAAUCAGCUUUGUUGUAAAACCAUUUGUUCUGGAAUAAAAAUUAGAAAAGGGGG